UAGAGGAGAGAGAGCCACGCGCUCGUGCUCACGACUCAGUCAGAGGGCGAAUGAGAACAGAAGCUGAACGCUGCUUAAAAAUGUCAAGGUUUGCUAUUUUGGUGUGGCUCUUGGCUGUGUCAUGCAUGGACAGCAGAGCAACAGAGCCAAACCAGAUUCUGAAUGUCUCUGUCGGGCAGAGUGUGACCUUGCCAUGCCCUUGCUCUGAAGAUACUAAUAAGCUCGUAUGGCAGAUUGGUGAGGAGAUAGUUGUGAACCAUUGUUGUACGGAUGACCAUCCACUACAUGAAUCAUAUGUGUACAGGACCCAACUCUUCCUGUUCAAUACCAAAGGAAAUUGCUCACUACUCCUCCGUAAUGUGUCCUUGACUGAUGAGAAGAGAUUUACAUGUUAUGUUUUUGAAGGGAAAGAUAAUUUUCAGCACAGAUAUGAAGUUGAAUUGAAAGUGAAAGAUGCUGUUUUGACGACUAACUACGCAGUCCCUCAAAAUUACCUGCCUACGUCAAAACCUCACACAGGCUUUAAAGUUGGUGUUCCCUUGUUACUGAUCCUGGUAAUCCUGACCAUACUGAUUGUGGCACUCCUUAUCCGAAGGCAGAGAAGACCAAGAAUGGUGGUGAUCCAAGAUCCACAAGCAAAACUGUUGGACCACACUCCUGUGUGAGAAGUAACAUGAUGCAUUUUGGAUGAGGCAAUAAUUAUGACAUCACUUCACUGUGAAUUUUUUUAUUUUAUUUUAUUUUUUUUACUUUGUUGAACACUGUAAUAUUUUCCUUAGGGCUUUUCACACUUGAAAUAGUUAACCCUGGGUCAUUCUAAUCACCGAGUAAAUGUAAUCUCUCUCUCUUUUUUUUUUAAUGCUUCACAUUGCUCAUACUUUAAAGGGUUGAAAAUUAAUCCUGCAUAUUCAUACUCUGACCUUUUGCAAUGUACAUACCUAAACUCUGGUUUAACAUUUAUUAUUUGCACAUUUCCACUGUUAACAACCAUGGAUUGGAAAAAAUAUAGCAUGCAACCAGUUUCAAUAACAGCUUAUCUUUCAUCAUGUUGAUAAGCAUCUGGUUUGGCAUCUCAGUGCUUCAAAGUGUUGCUAGACCCCGCUUCAAAAUUACAAGUGUGACACAUUUUUGUGCCUGGGGUGAACAGAAUUGUUUAGAAUGAUGAUAACCUGGGGUUAAGCACAGUGUGAAAAGUGCUCUUGUGUGUAUAAAUGUGCAUUUAUUUCAACAGUUUUACAUUUACUCUUACAUGCAUUUAAGUGGCAGAUAUCUACAUCCAAAGUUACUUAACAAUGAGUCAGAAUCCAAAUUAAUACAAAGCUGGUAGGCUACUGAGUGGUGCAAAAGGAAAGAGUUCUCCCAGCUGUCUAGGGUUUGCACAUUCAAAUUGUGAUGCAGGUAUGUGGAAGAGGACAGAGAACACGGCUUAGAGGUAGCACAUGCUAGCUUUCACCUUCUCUGGUUGGUAGCUGUUAUAUUAUCAGGAAAUGCCAUCUAAUGGAUGGGAAUUGGAUAAGGAAUUUUCUAAUCAGUAUUCGAUUGGGUUUAACAUAUUUUCUAGUCCAGUACCAUAUUGUAUCCUAUGAACAGCUUUGUGAAUAGCAUUCUAAGCUCUGUGGUCUUUCUCCAAAUCUUCACCUGACACUCAAAACUGUAAAGUCACUACUUGUACGUUUUCUCUGAUAGGAACAAGAUUAUUACUGUGACAUGAAGACUAAUGUUAAUCCAAUGUUUUCCCUUAUCACUCGCAUAAAUUCACAGCAGAAGCUUGCUGAGAAUCUUUUGAUUACUGGAGAAUGCCAGUAUUGGAAUGAGCAUUGGGAUCAGCCAGUACACACGUGAUUUUUCACUUGUUGUUUUCAUGUGGAAGUCAUCACAGCACUUAUAAUCGUUGAUACAUUUCCCCCACUAUUAAGCUCUUUGAAAUUUAAGGAAGCUUGGCUUUUUUUGGCAGAAAGCCCAGAACUGGAAAGUCACAUAUCAUUGUUGACAACAGAAAUGAUAAAGGUGAGAAAGGAAACUAUUUUCCAGUGCUUAAUGUGUACUUAUUAUAACCUAUUUAGCUUUUUAAUUUUACAUCAUAAAAACUCCCUUCACAACAAACAAAGCUAGGCAAAUAAUAGACUGAUAUACUCAACUGAGAAAACAAGUUACUUGUCUAAUCAAUGCUCCACCCUGGACCUCUGUACCACCUUUUGUAUUAUAUUUUAUAGGCCUAGAUUCAAAGGUCAGUGGUUUGUUAUCUCCUGUCUGUUAACUCUAAAGGAGGUACUUAAUGUGCAGAGGAUUCGCUGACCACAUUUUUUAGUGGAAACUAUUGGAAACUAACAUUUAUUUGAAGUUUGUGUGGUGUUGAUAGAUAACUGCGUUACUGGCAUUACUUCUGUAAUUAAAUCUACACCUGGGCUUGUUUUCUUCUGGUGUGUUUUUUUUAUUGUAAUACUCCCUAUGGGAUAUUUUUCUUUCUUGUAUUUAAUACAAAUGCAGCAUGAAAUUUAAUUGUGUUUUUAUGAGUGCCAAUAAACUUUACAGAACUUUUCUAUA